UAAGCGCCGCGGCGCCGGGACCUGGCCCAGUGGAGCCCCCGGAGCGCAGCAUGAGCGGCACGCAGUUCAACAAGGGCCCGUCCUACGGCUUGUCCGCGGAGGUCAAGAGCAGGCUUGCCCAGAAGUAUGAUCCCCAGAAGGAGGCUGAACUGAGGAUAUGGAUUGAGAGCAUCACCGGGAAGGAGAUCGGCCCUGAUUUCCAGUUGGGGCUGAAGGAUGGAGUGAUCCUCUGCGAGCUCAUGAACAAGCUGCAGCCAGGCUCAGUGAGGAAGAUCAACCGCUCGGCUCAGACCUGGCACCAGCUGGAGAACCUCUCCAACUUCAUCAAGGCCAUGGUUCAGUACGGCAUGAACCCCGUCGACCUCUUUGAAGCCAAUGACUUCUUCGAGACCGGGAACAUGACCCAGGUGCAGGUGUGCCUGCUGGCUCUGGCAGGCAUGGCAAAGACCAAGGGGAUACAAAGUAACGUGGACAUCGGGGUGAAAUACUCAGAGAAACAACAGAGGAACUUUGACGAUGCAAAAAUGAAGGCUGGCCAGUGUGUCAUCGGGCUUCAGAUGGGCACAAACAAGUGUGCAAGCCAGUCUGGCAUGACAGCCUAUGGCACCAGGAGACACCUCUAUGAUCCCAAAAACCAGAUCCUGGCCCCCAUGGACCAUUCCACCAUCAGCCUUCAGAUGGGCACCAACAAGUGUGCUAGCCAGGUGGGCAUGACGGCUCCUGGCACGAGGAGACACAUCUACGACACCAAAAUGGGCACCGAGAAGUGCGACAACACCUCCAUGUCCCUCCAGAUGGGCUCCAACCAGGGAGCCACUCAGAGCGGUCAGAUCUUUGGCCUGGGCCGACAGAUCUACGAUCCCAAGUACUGUCCCCAGGGCAAUGCCGGUGACGUGGCCAACGCAGUGUACGACCAGAGCACGGACCCACCAGAGUACCACUACUACCGAGAAGAGGAGGGCUACUGAGCCCUGGGUCCUGCUUGGCCACAAGGCCACCUCCCCAGGCCAGCUCGUGUGCAGAUCUCUGUUGCCGGCAACACUCCAGUAUCUAUAGCCUCUUUCUGUAACUUUUUUUAAACAAAUCUUUUUUUUCUGAGCAAAGACGAAAAAUCCCCUGAUCCUAGAGGAGAGAGUUGGUGGCUUCUUAAAAUCCUCUUACCUUUGGGGUGUAGCCUGUUGUUCAUAUUCUGCAAGCUGCGAGCAAGGCAGGCCUUUAAUUGCUGAUGGAGUCCACUUCUAGUCAUGCAGGGAGACACGUACCAGCAAAACAUUGGGGCUACGUGUGCUUCUUGGGGAGGGGAGCGGAGUGGGGAACUUGCUCUCAAAUGGGAUGCAACCUUCUAGCACUGCAGUCCUCUGCGUUGCAAGAAUGCUGCUUAUUCUUCAUGCUCUGAUGUGAUUCUUGUGAAGCUGUCGCAGUUCUAGCAGCAUAGGUGUCGAUGGCAUCAAACACCCCAGGCUGUCCCAAAUGACUCCUAUUGACGCUAGUGAGGUCAUGAAAUCUCAAAGGGAAUAAUUAGAGGUGGAUUCUCCCACAUUGGCUCUGGUAAAGCCUUUGCCAGCUCUUUCUGCUUCUGGAGAUCUCGCUCAAAGGGCCAAGGAAUUUUUUUAGGUGCCUUUCUGUGAUGCCAAAAGUGAAGCUCUAAAAGGCUCGUGCUCUUUUAAUGUAUAUACUUUUAAAGUGAGGCAAGGACAGUAACAUACCUUGGCGACAUCCUAGGGACCAAGUGUUUA